AUGUCAGUGCUGAACUCUGGCUGGCCCCACCGAGGGGAGAGCCUCACCCCUUGGGAGCUAGGUCCGCCAGCCGACUCAGACACUGACCCAGGCCACUUGCCCAAGGAGGAUCCUGAGGAAACUUCUGAGCAGGACCCUGAAAUUCUGAGCUUGGGGCUUCCUGGCUUGGACACCAACUGGGCCCCCAGCCAGCCUGGGCUUCGGAUCCUCCUGCAGCAGCUGCCUCCACAGGACAGCGACGAGCGCUACUGCCUGGCCCUUGGGGAGGAUGAGCUGGCAGAGCUGCGGCUCUUCUGUGCUCAGAGGAGGCGGGAGGCCCUGGGACAGGGGGUGGCCCUCCUGGUACCUCCCGAGCUGCCAGAACACACCUGCGAGAAGUGCAGGGAGCGGCUGAGGCCAGGGGAGUACGGAGUGUUCGCAGCCCGGGCAGGGGAGCGGCGCUACUGGCACCGGGCUUGCUUUGCCUGCCAGGCCUGCGGCCAGGCCCUGAUAAACCUCAUCUACUUCUACCACGACGGGAGUCUUUACUGCGGCCGCCAUCACGCAGAGCUGCUGCGGCCGCGCUGCCCGGCUUGUGACCAGGUACACUGGAGAGUCGGGACUCUGAGAUGGGCGUUUCUGACCCGGCCCGGAACAGGGGAGGCGGGUGUUGACAGAGUUGAAGAAAGGGACCGCACCCCGCUGGAUGCCGCUACGGUCUCCCGAGCUGCCCUUCUCGCCGCUGCCCCCCGCUCCAGUCUGGAAACCCAGAGGGAGCUGCUUGGAUCCAGUCCAAGGCAGCAGCGUCGAACGGGGGACAAGGUGGAGGCACCCACAGGGCGGGAGCAGGGCCGCCUGGAGACGCCCCUCGAUGCCUGCCCCACCUGCUCCUCUUCUGACUCGGAACCCGAAGGCUUUUUCUUAGGCCAGCGUCUUCCCGGGCCCUGGAAGACCCCCAGAAGCCUCCAAGCUGGGGACAGCGACACCUCCAGGAAGCACUGCACCAUUUGCUAGUGGCGCAGCCCGGAGACGGGGGAGGGGGUGUGUGAUCUUUGAGGUGGGAGAACGAGGCUCUCCUCCCCCUAUAAAAAUCCUAGACUGAACGCAGUCAAGGGCACGCCUGGGAGAGGCGGCGAGACCACAAACUUGGAGUGCUCCCUCUUAAGCCUGCGUAUUCUAUGACUUCUGAUGGAGACUUUCUUGGGGAACCCCACCCCCCAAAGCUACGCAUCCCCUGCUGAGCUAACCCCUAUCCCCACCCCCGCAGGCUGGGACAGCCCCAUCCUCAUCAUCUUCCUGAGCCAAUG